AAUUUUCUUUUUCUUCUAAAGUUGAUUAUUCCUUAGCCAGAAUGUCGUUCCAAGUGAAUUUGCCACCCUCUGUGGUGACGAAAAUGGCCAUGUCUGAACAGACUGAGCAAGAUGAGCCUAAGAAACAGUCUCGUGAGGAUUGGAAGAAGAUGAAGGAGUUAGAGGAGGCUCGUAAAGCUGGUACGGUUCCUGCAAUGCAAGAUGAGGAAGGAAAAGAUAUCAACCCCCAUAUUCCACAAUAUAUUAUGCAGGCCCCAUGGUAUUUUGGGGCAGAUAAACCAACACUGAAACAUCAGCGACCCCAGGAACACAAGGAGAAGAAUUUUGCUAAGUUAGAUGAGCACUACAGGAGAGGAGUAAAACAGGUAGUCGUUGCUUCUAAAUACCGAAAAGGUUCCUGUGAGAACUGUGGAUCAAUGUCACACAAAAAGAAAGAUUGUUUAGAGCGUCCACGCCGAGUUGGUGCUAAAUACACAGGUGAUCAAAUAGCAGCUGAUGAAUAUAUCGUACCUGUAAUGAACUAUGAUUAUGAUGGGAAAAGAGACAUCUGGAAUGGUUAUGAUCCUGAAGCACACCAAAAGAAACUCUUUGGAGAAUACUCAAAAAUAUUACAGGCCAAACAGUUGCUAAAGGAAGAGAAGGAUGCUGAAGAUAUAAGGGAAGACACUGUACAGAGGACGCGGGACAGUGAUGAUGAAGACAAAUAUGCAGAUGACGUUGACAUGCCUGGUCAGAAGUUUGAAACAAAGCAAAGAAUCACAGUUAGAAACUUGCGUAUUCGAGAAGACACUGCAAAAUAUUUAUAUAACCUCGAUCCAAAUUCCAGUUUCUAUGACCCUAAAACAAGGGCUAUGAGAGAGAAUCCCUUUAAAAAUUCUGGAAAAGAAGAAACAGAACUGAAAUAUGCUGGAGAUAAUUUUGUUCGAUAUUCCAAAGAUGCACAGAAAAUGGCCCAAAGACAAAUGUUUGCCUGGGAUGCAUAUGAGCGUGGUGUUGAUGUCCACCUCCAAGCUGACCCUACUAAGUUGGAAUUGUUACACAAGGAAUAUGAAAACAGAAAGGAUCAGUUUAAGACGGGUCAAAGAGAAAGUAUUUUGGAGAAGUACGGAGGGGAAGAACAUUUAGAGGCUCCACCAAAACAGCUCCUUUUGGCCCAGUCAGAAGAUUAUGUCGAGUAUUCACGUCAUGGGACGAUUAUCAAAGGCCAAGAGAAGGCAUCUAUCAAGUCACGCUAUGAAGAAGAUGUUUAUCCAAAUAACCACACUAGUGUUUGGGGUUCUUACUGGAAAGAAGGUCAGUGGGGUUUCAAGUGUUGUCAUUCAUUACUAAAAGGCAGUUACUGCACUGGAGAAGCUGGUAAAGACGCUAACAAUUCUGAUUUACUGGAAAUUGAAAAUAAUUUACUAUCUGGACCACCAAAACAAAUUGAACCACCAAAGUCACUUCUUCAGCAACAUCAAGAAAGAAUAGCGAAAGAGAAAGACAACAACAAACAUCCUAAGAAGAAAUCCUCAAAGAAGAACUCAAGCCACAAGAAGGGAAGAGAGUCUGAGAAAAGUAGCAGCAGUAGUAGUGGUAGUAGCAGCAGUGGUAGCAGCAGUAGUAGUAGUAGUGGCAGCAGCAGCAGCGAUAGUGACAGCAGCAGCAGCGACAGCAGUUCAAGUUCUGAAGACGAAGAAGAGAAAAAGAAGAAACUUAUGGCGAAGGCUCUCAAGGCUGAAGAGGAACAUCAACGAUGGGCUGACAACUACCUUAAAAUAGACGAGCGUAAACGUCCUUACAACAGUAUGUAUGAAUCAAAAGUUCCGACAGAAGAAGAAAUGGAAGCUUAUCGUAUCAAACAAUUCCGAUCAGAUGAUCCAAUGGCUCACUUUGAUAACUGAAAGUUUUGGUACAAAUUCCAUCAACAAUUUAGGCAAUUUUUAUUUUUGUUUAUAUGUAAUAUUUCCAAAUAUCUCUUUGUUAUUGACAAACAUUUCUUCAAUUAUAUCCCCUCCCCCAACCACCAUUACAUGCUUCUGUAUAAACUUGUUCUCAAUUAAAACCUCUUUUACUUUUUAA